AUGACGCCGCGGCGCUGGUUGGGGCGGUUCCCCUUGCCGGCUGAGCUCAGGCGGCACCGUUGCCCUUGCCCACGGCGACCGGACGCACCCAGCCGCGGCGAGAAGGAGCAGGCCGCACCCGCCGGCUGCCGUGAACCCAAGGUCGCCGGCGCCGCCGCGCCAGAGAGACCUCGACGAGCCAUCACUGUCACUGGUGGCGCCGGUGCUGAUGGAGGCCGGCGCUCGCGCAGCGUUCUGCUUCUGCCUCAGGGAUCUCCAUUCCGGAGCACACGCCCUCACACGCUAGGUCGUCGUGUCAUGCCGCCACUGUUUCCAUCCAGCUGCAACUGCAAUAGCUUUGAAGUUGUCGAUGGCCUCGGCAAGGAACGCCAACCAGAGGAAGAAGGCUUCUCUCAUCAUAGCGAGAGAGCUGUCUACAAGGAAUACCUUCAGUCCAUCCAUCGAGAAUAUCGCGAACAAGAUUUACCUGAGGGUCUCAUGUCAGUACCCCUUUACAAGCACCAGACCAUUAAUAUCUUUUUUACUGGACCCUUAAUCUUUUAUAAGUAUGAUAAGGCAGAUUCAAAGCCAAGUAGUCAAAUUGAGAAUUGUCAAACAUUUUGUGACAUGCUAAGAAAGGACCUAAUGGCACUAGAUUGGAUGCUUUUCCGGGAGAACAGUUCACAUUGUGCAGGUGGAAUUCUGGCGGAUGAGCAGGGACUUGGAAAGACAAUAGAAGUGAUUGCUCUUAUUCUGAAGGAGAGGCCCCAGCAGUCCAAGUUCAUGUCUAUUGAUUCAGAUAGAGAAGCCACUGUUGUCAACAAGGAGCCCAAGGAUGAAACAUUGAACAAAAUAGGGUUUAUUAUUAAAAGCUUAGUGGUAUUGUUUCGUCAAAAACCAGCAUGUCAUGUCACUAAUGUUAAGCCAUAUGUGGAUAGAACCUCAUCCAUAGCCAAGUCAGCAGGAGGAACACUUAUGGUGUGCCCAAAAUGCAUUCUGACACAAUGGAAUGAGGAGUUGUCACAGAAGAUUACAAAGGAUGCUGGGUUGUCUGUUCUUGUUUAUCAUGGAUGUUCAAAGACCAUGGACUCACAAGAGCUUACUAAGCAUGAUGUUGUAAUCACCACAUAUCAGAUGGUCAAGCAACACUUCACUUCCAGAAAAAAGGGAGUUAAGAAGAAACUAAGUGCAUCAAAUGGCCAUAACAGCAACCCGAUUGCCGGGGUACGAUGGUUCAGAAUUGUUCUCGAUGAAGCUCAUGAAAUAAAAAACUGCGACUCUCUGGUGGCCCAAGCUUGUUGGGAACUGGAAGCUGAAAGGAGAUGGUGCAUAUCAGGAACACCUAUGCAAAAUAAGUUUGGUGAUCUCUACAGUUAUUUGCGCUUCUUGAGAUAUAAACCAUACUCUGAACACAGUUCAUUUCGCUCUUUGCUAAAGAAGCAAAAUUCUACAUAUGCAAGUCGUGGCAAAACAAAACUUGAAAUAUUGUUGGGAAUAGUUCUUCUGCGACGCACGAAAGAACUAAUUACAACAACUAUGAAGGAUAUCACAAAAUCUCAAGAAAAAAGGGUGUCAUAA